AGUUCCUCCUCGGCGGCGGCGCCACCAGCGAGCCAAGCCAAUAGAGAGUCCUCCCGAUUUCCGGAAAGCGCGGAAGCGGCGCCGGAAGUCGGGGGCCGGCCGCGGCGGCGCGGCUUCCGCUGUCCGGUCGUACCAUGCCGUCUCCGAGUGUCGCGCGGUUCUGCCUCUUGCCCUGCCGUUUCGGGCUGUGGGGGCCCAGGCAGGCCGCCGCCAGAGCCUGGUUCGCGCGGCGAGAAGGGGCGGCGUGGGCGGCGCGGCCCUGCUGCCGCUCCCUGGGCACAGACUCGCCACCGCCGUCGGGACGGCCCAGGGGACCCUCCAAGCCCGGGCCUGUUUCUUGGAAAUCUUUAGCGAUUACAUUUGCUGUUGGAGGAGCUGUAUUGGCUGGAAUGAAGUACCUCAAGAAAGAAAAGACUGAGAGAUUGGAAAGGCAAAGGCAGCGAAGCAUUGGAAAACCUUUACUUGGCGGCCCAUUUUCCCUCACAACUCAUCUUGGAGAACCUAAAACUGAUAAAGAUUACCUGGGACAAUGGGUGUUGAUAUAUUUUGGUUUCACUCAUUGCCCUGAUGUUUGCCCAGAAGAACUAGAAAAAAUGAUUCAAGUUGUGGAUGAAAUAGAUAGUAUUCCUACUUUGCCAAAUUUAACUCCACUAUUCAUCACUAUUGAUCCAGAGAGGGAUACAAAAGAAGCCAUCGCAAAUUAUGUGAAAGAGUUUUCUCCCAAACUGGUUGGCCUGACUGGGACCAAAGGAGAGAUAGAUCAGGUCGCCAGAGCAUAUAGAGUUUAUUACAGCCCUGGGCCCAAGGAUGAAGAUGAGGACUACAUAGUGGAUCAUACAAUAAUAAUGUACUUAAUUGGACCAGAUGGUGAAUUUCUAGAUUAUUUUGGCCAGAACAAGAAGAAUGCAGAAAUAGCUGGUUCAAUUGCUGCACACAUGAGGCAACACAGGAAAAAGAGCUAGCCAAAGUAGCAUGGCUAGGUUCCGCUUUCUCUUGCAAUAGAGGAAAAAUGUUUUGUCUCCCAUUGGAGUCAGCAUAAAUAUAUGUAUGCAUAUGCACACUACCUUCAUACCAUGAGAUCGCCUAUAUAUAUUUUGCGUAGGACAUGACCUCGAGGUAACCACAGUUGAGUCUUUGAACUGUGUUCCCAGUAAACAAUGUUCACUGAUCAGCAUUGUUGUCUCUGGCAUCUUCCCUUGCUCACACAAAUGGUGGAACUGAAAUUCUGGGAAAGGACAGUCAUGGUGGGAAGUGGGUACUCCAGUGGAGGUGAAAUCUUACCAUUAACAGUAUUGUCAACCACAGUGCUUAAAAUAAAUUAAUUUUUUAAAAAGCCUAA